AUGAUCAAAUGUAUAUUUCUCAGCGAAUUUCAUCCCACACAGGGACCAAUUAUAAGUCAUCAGGUCCCUACAGAAUAUAUAUCAAAAGAGAUGUUUGAUACCAUUCACAAUUUCAUCAUAACAAAACCAGAACUUCAGAACAGGCUGAUUACUCUAGCAGCUUUUCAUUACAAAAUUUUAGGCUGCCCAAUCUACAUAGAAAAUGACAAAUAUAAGCGGAAUGCCUUCAUAUUUAAUGUAUGCUUUGUCUUCGAUGAGGACACAAACACGUCCCAGUAUGGUUCAGUUGUAAAAAAAUUAGCGGAAUAUUUAACUCAACUGGAGGAAGACACUGCAUUCCUCUCUAGUACAGAGAAUACAGCAAAGGUGUCCAGCUUCUUAACAGAGGUAUUGAAUGGUCUUAACUUGGAGGGACGCUGCAAUAUAUAUAUGGCCAAAUCUUGCACAGUACAUUUGAAAGUGGCUGCAACCAUCCAUGAGCCUAUUGCUGUGGAGGAUCAUGAUGUUCCUGUUCUGACAGCACCCAGAGAGAUUGUGAUGAAACACCAGUGGGAUCUCACUACCCAACAAAUCCUUCAUUAUGUAGACGGUGUUGCUCAUGUCAAAAAGAUCGCUGCAGAAGCUGAUGUGGAAGUUAAUUUGGUGAAGGCUGAUCUACAGAAUUUAUUGCAUUACAAAAUCCUGACUCUUGUGCCGAUAUUUCAGUAUUCGAAUGUUUACACCGUGACACGAGAGAUCAACAAGCUGAGGGAGGAUGCCCACUUGCAGCAGGAAUGCCUCAAGUUCGUGGCUAAAUCAGAACGCAGUCUUCCAGACCUGCAAGAUGUGCUGAUGCUGUAUUGUGACUUCACCCCUGGGACCACGGUCAAAGAUCUCUGCACCAGACAUAACAAUCCUCACAGCCUGAAAGUGGACGAAAGGAAACUAGCCCAGUUUGGCGUCAUGAAGGGUCUUCUGAGACGCAUACAUCAGUACCCGGUGGCAUUACCGGGUGAGCCCAUCUCUUCCCGCAUCCAGCCGUUUGUUCGUUUGUUGGAUGGCAAGCAUAAUUUCGACCAGAUUUGUUGUGAAACAGGGAUGAGCCAUCGUGAGCUUGAAGACAAAAUAGACAAUGAUGAAAGCACCGUUGUAUGUUGGAAAUAA